AUGAAGCAAUUUUCUUCCAUAUUCAUUGUCCUUCUGCUAGUGUCGUCGAUUUUAUCGUCCAAGAUCCGCAUCUGCUUGUGCGUGAAGAUGAAAGGUGAUGUCGGAAAUAGUUUUAAUCAUAGGAAGAUCAAUAUCAACUGUGUGCCAGGAGAUUAUUACCAAGGUGGUGAAGAAGGAAACGGUGAUGGAAACUCAUCAUGUGGUUGUGAAGACGGGAGUGAUGGUGGUGAUGGCGACAUCGGCAGCGGCGGAGAGGAUUCGGAUCGAUCGUAUGGUGGAGGUUAUGGUUUUGGCGGGGGAAGAGGUGGUGGCGGUGGUGGAGGAGGAGGCGGGGGUGGCGGAGGUGGUUGUGGUGGUGGAGGAGGAGGACGGAACUAA